AUGACGAACUCAACGUACGUCUGCUCGCCCGCAUGGUCAACAAGAGCGAUUGCACUCAUAUUCGCCAUGGGCGUCGGCCCCGCGGGGGGCAUCUUCAAUUGGCGAUGGCUAUCGUGGUUGGCCUGGCUGCUCCACACCCGUGCCCUAGGCGACAGGCAGGAAAUACGCAUCGACGCGGCGGGCAUGGCUGGGAAGUUCGGCGAGGUGCCAGACUACCAGGUGGGCACGCGCGCCCUGUGGGACCUCCUCCGCACAGGCAUCGGGACUUGGUUCUGGAUGCUGAUGCUGAAGCCGGUGAGGAGCCUCGUGAACUUCAUCAUGCCCGAGGAGACCUCUGACCAUGUACGGCUCGCCGAUUCCGAUAUUCGACCUUGGGCCCUUCGCAGGAUGUGGACCUCGGGGUUGCGGCGUACUUUGCUCCCGAGGCAGUGCUGA